AUGAACCCCCUGGCCGCGAACCUGCCAAACUUCAACUAUCGAGCCAACGGCUAUAAUAUUGUCAACCCGAAGCCAGUUCACGUCCCGCCGCCCCCCGCCCGCGAGGGCUACAGUCGUGCCACGGGAGAGGAUCUGGACUAUGUAUGUCCGAGCUGUGACGAGGAGCUCAAGUACGAUCCAGACGACGAAGAGGAGCCGCCUUUGAAGAGGGCUCGAACUCGAAAGGAUAGAGAAGAGCACCAUUUCUGGGCCCUCAAAGAGUGUGGUCAUGUGUACUGCAAGAAAUGCUUCGAGAACCGCAAGCCGACCGCCAAGAAGACUGUCCAGACGGGCUUCCGCUCGUCGCCGCUGCACCCCAAGAAGAUACUGUGUGCCGUGCCAGACUGCCAGACGGACGUCUCGGCGAAGCCGUCCUGGGUCGGCCUCUUUAUUUGA